AUGGGCAGCUGCCUGAGCUCGCCCCGGCCCGCAUCGCCACCCCGGGCCCAGGUACGCCCUGCCCGGGGGCCUCCUGGUCUGACCCGGGCCCAGGACGGCGCGCACAGGGGGCGCAGGGUCAGCACUGGACCCUUCCCCCAAGUGCCGCGGGACUGGAUGUCCCCCAAGCCCGGGGAGAUCAUGGAGGCCCUGAGGUACCUUCGUGCCCAGUCACCCCCUGAGACCACCGUGGGGCCCGGGAGUUAUGAGGGGUGCGGGCUGUGGAGUGUCCAGCACCCGAGACGGCUCUCCAGCCUCGUGACCCUCAAGAUCGCGUCUCCUGAGCGCCAGGGGAGACCCUGUGCGCCCCCAGAGCAGGGAGCCCCCGCUGCAGGCAGUCCGCCCACCGAGGACCCCCCGGGCCCCGUUGCCAAGGAGACCGUGAUGCGGCCCCCGAGCGGGAACAGGAAGGGGAACAGGAAGUUCGAAGAGCCGCCUUGGUUUGAGAUCCAAGGGAGAAAGAUCCAGACCCGGGACCUGGAGCCCAGGCCGUCCGCCUUCAAACCCCUGGUGGGAACCGGCGCGGCGCCCUGCUUCUCACCCAGGCCAGGGCCUCUGAGCCGGAGCCGCUGCCCCUGGAGCUACAAUGUCCACCAGGAGGACCGGGCCCGCAGGCGCGCCGCCAGCCCUCUGGCCACAGCUCCAGGGCCAGGCGCCGAGCCCCAGCUGGACACCUGA